GUCCAUGAGGAAAAUUCAUUUGUUUUGAGUAAAGCAUGAACUCGAACUGAUUGAUCUUCACAGUGAUUCAUUAGCAAUCAACAAGUAUGCAGUAUUUCGACUGCUGCCCUGUUGCGAUAAGUGAUGAUGUCGUCGAAGACAUGGCGAUUACAACGCAACAAGACCUGCCUGAAAAUGGACGAAAUGCUGCGAUUCAAAGCAAUGCCAGAACUCAACCUCUAUCAAGAAAAGCAACAUGGAACGCAGUGGAUUGCAAUUCUCCCGUGAAUCCAUAUCACGUUUUGGAACUGAGAAGGGAUGCAACGCACGCUGAAAUAAUUGGGAGCUAUCGAAAACUUGCUCUGAUAUAUCAUCCGGGCCGCAAAAUCGCGUCUUCAAUUGAGCGAAGAAAAAGGUUACAGUUCUUUGAGAUACUGGCCGCAUGCUACGAAACUCUGAUGCAUAAUGAAUUUCGAAGAAGGUGCGAUUCUUUGCUAAAGGAAAUCGAUAAGAAAGAAUGCAGUAAAUCCAAAGCUAAUCACAAGAAGCCAGGGAACCUGGUUAGUUAUAACAAAAAAGUAGCAUUCUUUACUCCAGGAGUUGGGAAGCAGCAAUCAUUACAGGCAUCAAAUGAGCUUGUGGCGAGAGCAAGAGACCCUAUUCCGGGCUUGAUGUCUUCAAGCUCUGACUCAUCGUCUGCGUCUGGAAAAGAAGUACAAAACGCUGCAGGAAAUUCUUGUGACAGCAACGAUACAAUUCCACGCAACAACUGCACUUCAUUGGGCGUCGGUAUGCUUAUUUGUGCUGGUGAUUCGGCUGCUCUUCACAAUCCAAAAUCUAGCAACAGCGUAAAAUUUGCAAUAUCGAGGAAUGGAACAAAGGGCUUUCGAUCAUUAGUAGAUUCUUCCUCACUAUCUGCCUCGCAAGCUUCUGCCGAAGAAGCAGAAAUCCAUUUCUCGGAAGCGACUGUGAAUCGUCUCUUUGGUGGUCCUCUAGCAUCGCUUCACCGGGCUCGGAAUUUCCAAGCCUUUUCAGAUCCCUAUGUCGUUUUUGACAAGGUGUUUGGGAACCAGAAGCCCAUAUUUCCCCGUGUCACUCUCGCAGAUAUUGAUGAUUCUGCUGCCUCCAACGGAGAAUCAAUCUACGAUGUCACCACCCAAGAUUGGCAUGGAAUGAGUGGAAAUACGAUGUUGAUUCGAUCUUCGAUAACGUCACUCAUGAGUAGUAAUAUUGAGAUAAAUGAUACGAAGAAGACGAAAAAUUGCGGCGACAACAGUAACGACAAGGUCGACGAUAGUCCAACAAUAGAUACAAAAAUAUUUGUUGCGACUCGGGUUGUCAACGGCCGAAAAAUAACGAAGACGGAAACAGUUCAUGUCGAUCCCUUAACCGGUAUCGCUAGUGUAAAUGUAACAGUGGAUGGGGAAUUUCUGGAGCCGAUCACAAAAUCAAAAACAUCGCACACGUCACCGGAAGGUAGUGUUGCCGAUUGGUUGCUUUGCUUCGGCAUGGCUCAAAGCAAGAUUAUUCCUCCUCCUUGUACGACAGCUACGGAGUCAGCUUCGCUGUUGGUAAAACCAUCGGCUUCGGCGUCGUCAUGUUGUCCAAAUAGCAAGUGCGAUGAUCCGUGCCCUUCGAAACACGAAUUUUCGAGUUCCUGCAACGACUUCAAAUCUCUUUACGUCCAGGUUUUGCAAGACUUCUAUGAUUGCAACAAGAAGUUUUACGAGGAGUGCAAUAGAUACAUGCAAUGUGGUGUCGAGAAUGGCACCGUUGACUAAUCAGUGACACGAACUGCUUCGACAAUGUUUUACAGUUAGUAUUGCAAGUCUAACGAUAGACUUAGUCCUUUCUGACGCUCGCAAGAUGGAAGAGCUCUAAUUAAUACGUAAACUCAGAAGCAGGAGAUGUUCGACGAAACUGGUACUCUGAAACACAUUAUUUUCCUAUUAGAAUUCCUCUUACCACGCGCAGUAGUGCUCCUUAAAAGUUCUGUACGAGUACUGGGUCAUUGCCAUAAAGGUAGACCAUAAAG